CAGAUGUUAUUCAAACUGAGGAAAUAAAGUUGUAUGUAAAGGUUAUAUGCAGUAAGAGAAAUGGUCAGUAAUUCAGUCUAUGGUUUUGUUUCUUAAGAGUAUUGCUAUCAGUGUGAACACAGACUGCACACUUCCUCUUGGAAUUCCCAGUGACAUCGCCUCUCCUGUGGACAGUUAUGCAUCAGAGGCCUCAGGGCUGAGUGAUGGUUGUGAAGGCCAAUCAGCAGGAGAGCGGAAUGCUAAUUCACCUGUUAAGAAGACACCCGGCAAACUUCUCCGACGUAAAGCAAGAUCCAGGCUUCGCAUUAUCAAUAUCUCAGAUAAGAGUGAUCGAGUUGUAGAGUGUCAGCUGCAGACCUACAACGGUAAGAUGGUCACAUUCAAGUUUGAUCUAGAUGGAGACAAUCCGGAGGAUAUUGCAGCAGUUAUGGUGAACAAUGAGUUCAUUAUGCAGUCAGAAAGAGAAAGCUUUACCAACAGGAUUAAGGACAUCAUCCACCGUGUGGAGGCCUUGCUAAAGAAAGAUGCUAGUGGAGACAGAGAAGAUGAGGGGGAUGGGUUAGUUGCUGUGGAAAGCACAUUUCCUCCCAAUUUUCAGACUGAUCUUCAACUUCAAGAAUUAUCCCGUUCCUUCUCCUGCUCAUCUCUCAGUGAUUUGACAUCUACGAGUCCAAGCAAAGGAACUGUCUCCCCAAGCCUCUCCAACCAGGGUAGCCCCAUGUUGGAUAAUGAUGUAUUUGGUACAGCUGCGCCUGUCAUGAGUGUUCCAGAC